AUGAAAAUGCACACCGGUGAAAAACCUUUUUCGUGUAAUACCUGUGAAUUUAGAUGUACUUUAAAAAGUAGUUUGCAAAGUCAUAUGAAAAUACACACUGGAGAAAAACCUUUUUCGUGUAAUAACUGUGAAUAUAGGUGUAUUACGAAAGAUAGUUUGAAAUACCAUGUUAUUCAAAAACACACCAGAGAAAAACCUUUUUCGUGUAAUAUCUGUGAAUAUAAAUGCAUUAAAAAAAGUACUUUGCAAAGACAUAUGAAAAUACAUACCGGAGAAAAACCUUUUUCGUGUAAUAUUUGUGAAUACAAAUGUAUUACAAAAAGUAAUUUGCAAUUCCAUAUAAUUAGAAAACACACUGGAGAAAAACCUAUUUCGUGUCAUAUCUGUGAAUAUAAGUGUUUUGCAAAAAGUAAUUUGAAAACACAUAUUAUGAAAAUGCACACCGGUGAAAAACCUUUUUCGUGUAAUAUCUGUGAAUUUAGAUGUACUUUAAAAAGUAAUUUGCAAAGUCAUAUGAAAAUACACACUGGAGAAAAACCUUUUUCGUGUAAUAACUGUGAAUAUAGAUGUAUUACGAAAGAUAGUUUGAAAUACCAUGUUAUUCAAAAACACACCGGAGAAAAACCUUUUUCGUGUCAUAUCUGUGAAUAUAAAUGUAUACGAAAAAAUGAUUUGAAAACACACAUUUUAAUUCACACCCGUGAAAAGCCCUUUUCGUGUAAUAUCUGUGAAUAUAAAUGUAUUACAAAAAGUAUUUUGCAAAGGCAUAUGAAAAUACACACCGGAGAAAAACCUUUUUUGUGUAAUAUCUGUGAAUUUAGAUGUAAAAGAAAAGAUAAAUUGCAAAAUCAUCUAAAAAUACACACCGGAGAAAAACCUUAUUCAUGUCAUAUCUGUGAAUUUAGAUGUAUUACAAAAAGUUAUUUGCAAACACAUAUUAUGAAAAUACAUACUGGAGAAAAACCUUUUUCGUGUAAUAUAUGUGAAUAUACAUGUGUUACAAAAAGUAUUUUGCAAAGGCAUAUGAAAAUACACACUGGAGAAAAACCUUAUUCGUGUCAUAUCUGUGAAUUUAGAUGUAUUACAAAAAGUUAUUUGCAAACACAUAUCAUGAAAAUACAUACAGGAGAAAAACCUUUUUCUUGUAAUAUAUGUGAAUAUACAUGUGUUACAAAAAGUAUUUUGCAAAGGCAUAUGAAAAUACACACUGGAGAAAAACCUUUUUGGUGUAAUAUCUGUGAAUUUAGAUGUAUAAGAAAAGAUCAAUUGCAAAAUCAUCUAAAAAUACACACCGGAGAAAAACCCUUUUUGUGUAAUAUCUGUGAAUAUAAAUGCUUACGAAAAACUGAUUUGAUAAGACAUAAAAAUACACACCGGUGA